GGGCUCCCGGCGCGCGGCUGUGGGGUCGCCCGGGGCAAAGCGAGCUGAACCCUGAGGGGAGCCGCUGACCAGCAGCAUGGAGGACCCCGCCGUGCCUGCGACCGGGGGCCCUCCCGCAAAUGGCAAUGGCAACGGCGGCGGCAAAGGGAAGCAGGCGGCGCCCAAGGGCCGCGAAGCGUUCCGAAGCCAGCGGCGGGAGUCAGAGGGCUCUGUGGACUGUCCCACUCUGGAGUUUGAGUAUGGAGAUGCAGAUGGGCAUGCAGCAGAGUUGUCAGAAUUGUAUAGUUACACUGAGAACCUGGAAUUCACCAAUAACAGGAGGUGCUUUGAAGAAGAUUUCAAGACUCAAGUGCAGGGCAAGGAAUGGCUGGAGUUGGAAGAAGAUGCCCAAAAGGCCUAUAUAAUGGGACUCUUGGACCGGCUAGAGGUGGUCAGUAGGGAACGGCGGCUGAAGGUGGCCCGGGCUGUUCUCUACCUGGCCCAAGGUACUUUUGGGGAAUGUGAUUCAGAGGUCGAUGUGCUACACUGGUCCAGGUACAACUGCUUCCUGCUGUAUCAGAUGGGGACCUUCUCCACCUUCCUGGAGCUACUCCACAUGGAAAUUGACAACAGCCAGGCCUGUAGCAGUGCCCUUCGGAAACCAGCUGUCUCCAUAGCUGAUAGCACAGAGCUCAGGGUGCUGCUGAGUGUUAUGUACCUAAUGGUGGAAAAUAUUCGCCUGGAGCGAGAGACAGACCCCUGUGGGUGGAGGACAGCCCGGGAGACCUUCCGCACUGAAUUAAGCUUCUCCAUGCAUAAUGAGGAGCCUUUUGCCCUUUUACUCUUCUCCAUGGUUACCAAGUUCUGCAGUGGCCUGGCUCCUCACUUCCCCAUAAAGAAGGUCCUGCUUCUGCUCUGGAAGGUGGUCAUGUUUACCCUCGGUGGAUUUGAGCAUCUGCAGACUCUCAAAGUACAGAAGCGGGCAGAAUUGGGCCUGCCUCCACUGGCUGAAGACAGUAUCCAGGUGGUGAAGAGCAUGCGUGCUGCCUCCCCGCCCUCUUACACUCUUGACCUGGGAGAGUCUCAGCUGGCACCCCCACCCUCCAAGCUGCGAGGCCGCCGUGGCUCUCGAAGGCAACUCCUCACUAAGCAGGACAGCCUGGACAUCUACAAUGAAAGGGAUCUCUUCAAGACUGAGGAGCCAGCCACAGAGGAGGAAGAGGAGUCUGCUGGUGAUGGAGAACGAACCUUGGAUGGAGAGCUAGACCUGCUAGAGCAAGACCCUCUGGUGCCACCUCCACCCUCAGAGGCACCCCUCUCUGCUGAGCGGGUGACUUUUCCCAAGGGCCUGCCCUGGGCCCCAAAGGUCAGACAGAAGGACAUUGAGCACUUCUUGGAGAUGAGCAGGAACAAGUUCAUCGGAUUCACCCUGGGGCAGGACACAGAUACAUUGGUUGGAUUACCCAGGCCCAUCCAUGAGAGUGUGAAGACCCUAAAGCAGCACAAGUAUAUCUCCAUCGCAGAUGUGCAGAUCAAGAAUGAAGAGGAGCUGGAGAAGUGCCCUAUGUCUUUGGGGGAAGAGGUGGUACCAGAGACGCCAUGUGAAAUCCUCUACCAGGGAAUGCUGUACAGCCUCCCUCAGUAUAUGAUCGCUCUGCUUAAGAUUCUGCUGGCUGCAGCUCCCACCUCCAAGGCUAAGACAGACUCUAUCAAUAUCCUGGCAGAUGUCCUACCUGAGGAGAUGCCGCUCAUAAGUGGGAACUCUGGAGGUUUCCCUGGCACAGAAGUUCAAGUUUCCCAAGUUCUGGCUCUCUUCAUCACUGUUCUCCAGAGCAUGAAGCUGGGCAUCGAUGUGAACAGGCACAAGGAGAUUAUUGUAAAGAGUAUCUCUACCCUGCUUCUGCUACUCCUCAAACACUUCAAACUCAACCAUAUUUACCAGUUUGAAUAUGUAUCACAACAUUUGGUAUUUGCCAACUGCAUCCCCUUGAUCCUGAAGUUCUUCAAUCAAAAUAUCUUGUCAUACAUCACUGCCAAAAACAGCAUCUCAGUCCUGGAUUACCCUUGCUGCACCAUCCAGGAUUUGCCGGAGCUUACUACUGAAAGUCUGGAAGCUGGAGACAACAGCCAGUUCUGCUGGAGGAACCUCUUUUCCUGCAUCAACCUCCUGAGGCUGCUCAAUAAACUGACCAAAUGGAAACAUUCCCGGACCAUGAUGCUGGUAGUGUUUAAAUCGGCACCAAUCUUAAAGCGGGCCCUCAAGGUCAAACAGGCCAUGCUGCAACUUUAUGUCCUAAAGCUGCUAAAGAUACAGACCAAGUACCUGGGGCGCCAAUGGAGGAAAAGCAACAUGAAAACCAUGUCAGCCAUUUACCAGAAAGUGCGUCACCGCAUGAACGAUGACUGGGCUUACGGGAAUGACAUCGAUGCCAGGCCAUGGGACUUCCAAGCAGAAGAAUGUACCUUGAGGGCCAACAUUGAGGCUUUUAACAGCCGUCGGUAUGACAGACCCCAGGACUCUGAAUUUUCACCUGUGGAUAACUGCUUGCAGAGUGUGCUGGGGCAGAGGUUGGAUCUGCCUGAAGAUUUUCACUAUUCAUAUGAGCUCUGGCUCGAGAGAGAGGUGUUUUCACAGCCCAUCUGUUGGGAGGAGCUGCUCCAGAAUCACUGACUAAGUUCUUGUCAACAAGCAUCAAUAGAUGGAGGUCAGCUCCAGUAAAUGGUGCUCUGCUUACCCUGUCCAUACAGGCUUUGUUACCAGUUCUAGGAGUGCUUGCCACAGGAAGAUCAGCCUAAGAACAUCCAGUAUUCAGGGCUCUUCUGGGGGCUCUUGGUCCUAGAGAUGGUGCAAGGGUGGGAUCCUGAAUCACAACAAAAUGAUCAACUUGCCCUGGGGUCAGUUGGGUGCCCAGUUGGCCUAGGAAAUCUUUUGGUGGAUCAGUCCUAGACAAGCUCUUUGGUAGGACCUCUUCCUGCUUUAGUCUUGGCUAGAACCAGGCUAGCCUUUGCUGGCUCUAAAAGAGGAAAUUUGUUACAGCAUUUGACCCACGGCAUUCAUCACAGAUAGUGGGAGGUACAAGUCAUAAAAUAGGGAGAAAGUUUUCUUCUUGCUCACCCUGGAUUCCUAGGACUUAUCAGAGAUUUGGAAAAACCAACUUUGAAAUUAAGGUUGCAUUUUAAAUUUCAAAUUUGGACAGCCUCUUUCUAAAAUCAUUAACUCUAAGAUUAUUUUAGCGCACCUGCACCUUCUUUGUGAAGGAUGAUGAUUUACUAUUCCCUUAAUACUGCAUGUUAUAGAAAAGGGUGUUGUGUAAAGUGUUUUUUUCCUCAUUCUGUAAGAGAUCUAUAUUCAAUGUGAAAAUUAUUUCCUUGUGUACUCUGUAUAGGGCAUGGAAUGCUCUGCCAUUUUUAAAGAGCCACAACCAAUAUGAAAUAUUCAGGUUCUUUCUAAGGAUGUUUCGUAUUUUUCUUAAAUGACUCCAGUCUUAAAAUGGCUGAGCACACUACAGAAAAUUAUCCUUUUCAUCCAAUUCAUUUUUUAAAUGACAAGUUAACUACAGGAGGCUUUAUUUAUUCAGAUGGUAUGUCCACUUGUGCUCAUGAUCAAUAUAUUUUUCUAAUUGAAAAGAACAGUAAGAGCAUCACAGCUUACCAUUUUUUUCUCCAAUGUUGAUUAAUUAUUUUUCUCCCUUUUAUUGCUAGCAGUUUCAAAGUGUCAUGUAGAGAUUUAGCAAUACUGUUUCUACCUAAAAGUAUUGCACAUUUCAUUGAAAAUAUAAGAAUUGAUGUACCAGCCUCUUUAUAUUUCUCUUUUAUAGCAAAAUCACAUACUUUUCAAGACAAACAAGGUUUUUAAAAGAGUUUGUGAUUUAGUUAGGAUCAUAUGUUUUUGUUUUUGAUUUUUGUGGGUUUUUUGUUUUUUGUUCUGUUUUUUGUUUUGUUGA